AUGAGUCAACAUUCUGCCUCUUGUGCAUCGGAUGGAUCUGAGGGAUCCAAGGGAUCUGUGGGAUCUCAGGUAUCCGAGGUAUCCGAGGGAUCCGAGGGAUCCAAGGGAUCCGAGGGAUCGGAGGGGUCAGAGGGAACGGAUGUAUCGGCUGUAUCGGAAGGAUUGGUUGUAUCGGAUGGAUCGGAUGUAUCGGAUGUAUCGAAUGGAUUGGAAGAAUUGGAUGGAUUGGAUGGAUUGGAUGGAUUGGAUGGAUCGGAUGGAUCGGAUGGAUCGGAUGGAUCUGAUGGAAAGGAUGUAUCGCAUGUAUCGGAUGGAUCGGAGGGAUCGGAUGGAUCGAGGUAUUUCUGUUACAUCAGUCUCAUUUUCAUAGAGUCUGCACCAUGGAUAUUUGCGAAGAACCUGCCUAAAGCAUAUGCAAACAAGCAGAUCUCUUCCGUGAGCAAAAUCACUUUUCAAGGCAGGGUAAACCUUGCAUGGGACUGUGACACUGCACCCUUGCUUUGGGCCCUAGAUCGGAACAUUGCAGGAUUAUCUCCGCUCAAUCCAGGAUGGAUGAGUAGACUAGAGUUCGCACCGGACUCGUCAGGGGAUGGUGGAGUCGCUCUCAGCAGGGCCUCCCUUCUGCUGCCUUGA